AGAGAGAGCGAGAGGGAAAGGAUAACUGACGUGCCUAUGCUCAAAGGUUAGAGGUGAGACUGAGACAGGAGUUGUCUCUCUGCAGCUUGAGAGAGAGGUUCAGAACAACACGUCUUACCUGUAAUCCAGUCACAGAGAGAGACCGGAUAUUCACCUGGACUUGCUCAAAGGUCAAGGAUUCAAGACUUUGACAUUGGGAAUCAAACCUGUGCAGAUUUAGGAAAGGCCAUCCAACCCUCCAGUCAGGAAGCCAGUCAUAAAAAAAACAGGCAACAAAGUAACCAACCAGCCAUAUGGAAAGUCUGUCUGUGUAUCAUGGGGAUAUUGGUAAAGAGGAGGGGGAGAGAAGACUGUGUUAUUCGGGAAAAGAUGGCAGCUACCUAAUCCGUAACAGCGAUUCUGUGCCGGGAGUAUACUGCCUCUGUUUGCUGUGUACAGGGUCUGUCUACACAUACAGGAUCUUCCUUGAUGAAAGCGGUCAUUGGACGACAGACACUGCUCCCGGCGUGCAGAAACGAUUUUUCCGGAAAAUCAAGAACUUGAUAGCAGCCUUCCAGCAACCCGACCAAGGAAUCGUCAUGCCCCUGAUGUACCCUGUUACAGCCCAGGCGCGGGCCAACACGUACACACACACACACUCUGGAAACACACUGCCUGCUCUCAGUAACCCGAUCCAGACAACUGUCCACGGACAGAAAACCAGGACCAGUGGGAAGCAAGCUCAGAAAGCCGUACCCUAGACAGACAGCAUCCCAUGGCUGAAACAAUAUCUCGAGACUAGGAACGUAGUCUAAAAGGCAUUGAAAUCCCAAUUGAAAUCCGUCUGCUUUUGUUUUCUACAACUGCAUUUUUUCUGAUUAACAUACUAAUGUAUAUCACACUUUUUGUUUAUAUUUUACAAAAUGUAGUUUAGAGAGAAGUCAAUAAGUGUGACAUUUGUGAAUAUGUAUGUAAAACUAUUUUCGAAAAUCUAAUUUUCUGUGAAGGAGCUGCAUACAUUAGUACAUUAUGAAUUUAAAAUAUGUUUUUAUAGUUGUUUAUAGAUUUUAAACUAAAUAACAAAUAUAUGGCUUUGUUCAGGUAAUUAAAUUGUAAAUGACAAGCAAAUGAAUCAUGUUGUUUCACCACAACAGGUCUGUGUGACAUAAUAAAAGG